AUGGACGGCGAAGAACCGACCCAAGCCACCCAGAAUGUCCUCGAUCCGCGCCGGGUAGGCAAGCAGAACUCGGGCUUCUCCGACGAAGACAUAUCCGACAUCAUCUGCGUCCUGUACCCUCACUCGGACUCGGCGCGGCAGGAGGUCCAGCGACUCGCCCUCGACGACUCGCCGCACAUCAUCGGCAAGGACGAGGCCGACAUUGUAGAGCCCAACUACGACGAUGAGGACGCCGCCGGCCGCUUCGACUCGAACCUCACCAAUCACGGAAACUACGCCAUCAUCCUCCGCCUCUCCACCCAAGUCAAGAACUCGACGGCUGGCUAUGUCUUCGGCAGGAACCAUAGCCGCUGCGACGUCGUCUUCGUCAACGACCCCUUGCGGAGGGUCAGCAACAUCCACUUCCGCAUCUACGUCAACGAGUUUGGAAACGUCAUGAUAGAGGACCAGUCGACCAACGGUACCUUUGUCGACAGCAACCUGCUGACCAACCACCCCAAGGGCAACAGUCCGCUCGUCACCAGGUGGAUGCUGAGCUCCGGCUCCGUCAUCAAGAUCUUCCUCCACAGCGAGAUCCGUGACCUGACCUUUCUCGUCCGCAUUCCGCGCCGGGAUGAGGAAUACGAGCGAGACUACAUCAACAAGGUGGAAGACUACUUGACGAGGCACGGAUUGAGAGCCACGCCGGCCCCGGCCCUCGCGCCGCCGGGCCCCCCUCGUACCGGCGGCCAUGUCGACUUGUUUAAGGCGCUCGCCGAACCCGCCGCCCGUAGGGUGGGCUUCGAGCAACCGGCGCCGGCCGACGCCGGACCCUCGAGGCGAAAAGACCCGCCCCACGUUAUUCGCAGGGAAUGGACCGGCUCCGGCAAGUAUAAUCGGAUUCGCACCCUCGGCAAGGGUGCUUUUGCCGUCGUCUACAAGGUCACCUCCAAGUACGACGGUAGGCCGUACGCGGCCAAGGAGAUCGAGAAACGUCGCUUCAUUAAGAAUGGGGUCGUGGAUCAAAAGGUGGAAAACGAGAUGAAGAUCAUGCGAAGGGUCCAGCAUCCCAACAUUGUACGAUACAUGGAAAACAUUGAGUGGGACGAUCGCCUGCUCAUCAUCAUCAUGGAGUACGUCCCCCUUGGCGACCUGGGGAAGAUGAUAUCGGAGGCCGGAGCCUUCCACGAGGAUAUGUCGCAGACCGUGUCGAGGCAGUUGCUGAGUGCCCUCGGCUAUCUUCACGCCAACAACAUCACCCAUCGGGAUGUCAAACCGGACAAUAUUCUCAUCAGUUCCAUGGAUCCCGUCGAGGUCAAGCUCACCGACUUUGGCCUGUCCAAGGUCGUCGAUACGGAACAGACGUUUCUGAGGACCUUUUGCGGCACUCUGCUGUACUGCGCGCCAGAGGUCUACACCGAGUAUGCCGAGUACGAUGACAACGGUGUGAGGAACAGGGGAAAGAAGAUGCGCCGCAUGCCCGGCCAGAGGUACAGCCAUGCCGUCGACAUCUGGUCCCUCGGCGGAGUUCUCUUUUACAUCCUGACGGGCUCCCCGCCCUACCCUGUCAAGUCUGGCAUCAGUCCCUCUGAGCUUCUGCACAAGGUGAUGACGACGCCGCUGAACGUCUCGCCGCUGCAGACGUAUGGCGUCUCGGAGCAGGGCAUUGAGUUCAUGCAUCGGAUGCUGCAGAGGCGACCGGAAAACCGCGCCACCAUCGUCGAACUGGAGAGCCACUCUUGGCUCGGCGGGCAGGGCUCCAUCAUCCAGACGUCGCAAUCGUACGACGAAAUUACCGACGACGAAGACAUUGCCGAGCCAUCACUGUUCCGCCAACCUGUCGGCUACGAGUACGAUCGAGUGAGUGACUCGAUGGGUGAGGAGUCAGAAAAGGAGAACGACGGCGUCGCCGGAGGAAAGCAGCCGCCGCGCCUCUUCGGAGAGGUAGGAGUGUCGGCGAUCGGCAGCUCUGGCGUCAUCCCUUCGGGCUAUCUAGACCUGCCCGUCGAGGACACCGACAUGGGUGGGAGUGAGAUACCAGACUCCCACGGGGAUGAAGAAGACGACUCCGACCGCUCUGAUACAACCAAGGAAAAGAACCGGGUCGCGUUUCACUACAACUCAACAUCCGUUUAUCCAAACCAGUCCGCGGACCAGCUGCAGAGCUUGGUCGAAGAGGUUGCGUCCCAGAGCCUUGGUGGCAAGGGGAGCGUGGCAGACAGCAACCUGGCCACCGCAUCGCAGUACCGGCCUCAGUCGCUGGACCCGAACUGCAGCAAGAGGAAACCACCAUCGCACGAUACGAGCGACGAAAUGUUGGACGAAAUAGCACCAGGGGGGAAGCCGACGAUGAAGAGAUUCAAGUCGAAUGUUACCAUGGACGAUGUCACCGACGAUAUUCUUGCCGAGUUUAAGUUGCUCGCCUCCAUGCCUCAGGUCAGGAGAUUGGGGUCCGGCAGGCAGGUGGACACGCCUGUGAGCAAGGUCAUAUUCUGGGAGAAGGAUCUUGGGACGUGGCAUCUUCAGUACCCCGAGAUGACCCAGCUUCAAUAUGAUGCCUUCUCUCAAGCCGCCCGGCAACGGGACGAGGAGUUUGGACCAAACAAGUCUCCGCUCUGGGACUUGGCAAUGAAGUACUUCGCCCCAAACCCCCGGUCACCAGAUCAAGUCGACGCUUCACCUCCGGCAGGCCGUGUCGGAGCGAAGCGUGACGACCGCAAGCUGGUCGAUGACACCAUGGAUAUCCCAUCAACAGCUGCUCCCGUCGACGGCGAGCCGGGACAUCCGACCCAGCCCCCGGAUACGCAGAUUGUCGUGCCGGUACAAGCUGGCAAUGCCGCAAAUCGCGCUCUAGCCGUCAUCGAGUCUCACCCCGAGUCCUGCGUCCAAGGCGUAUCCUUCCCCAUCACCGACUCGCUUUGCACCUUUGGAAGGGCCAAAGAAAAUACGGAAAUCUUUCAGGACAAACAGGAGCAGAGAGUGCCAAAGUUUGCCUUCAAGAUGUUAUUAUGGAAAGAGUAUUACGAUCCCGCAAAGGACCCGGUCAAGAAUACACACCCUUGGCAAAAGGAGUCGUCUCCCGAUGAUGUGUCGUACGAGUUUUGGAUCUCGACCAAGGCCACACUUGGAAUUAGGAUAAACGGGUAUAACCUGGCAUCGUCGGAUACGAAAAACCCAAGUGGACCCGCUCAAUACUGGGCCAAAGUCAAGGACGGCGACACCAUCACCAUCUGGGGCGGCCAGGACCCUAAGCAUCAAACCAAACUCGUCUUCCGUUGCUUUUGGGGGGGUUCGACGAAACCCCGUUCGAGGGACAGGCAGCAGCUCGAGCUGGCAAGCCAGCCUCUCGCCCAGAAACUUGAUUCCGCCUGCUUUAGGACGGAGAAGCGGAUACGCGAAGUGGCAGAGAGGCGUCGUAGGCUCAGCGAAGUCAAGGUGGAGCACGACGGACGUCUGAAGAACGUUGAGAUGGAGCGGGAGCGCAGCCACAUGUUCGAGAACAGGAGGUUGGCGGCUGUGGAAUAUCUCAGCUCCACGGUGCAACAGGGUCCUUCACGAAGGGACGCACCGUCGAGCCUGGCGUCCACGGUGCACGGUGGGAGAGCUCAGGGAAUUGCGCAGAAGUCAGAUCUGGUCCGAUGA